AUGCCUGAACCAGCCAAACCCGCGCCCAAGAAGGGCUCUAAGAAGGCCGUCACCAAGACCGCCGUUAAGGGAGGAAAGAAGCGCAGAAAGUCCAGGAAGGAGAGUUACGCCAUCUACGUGUACAAAGUGCUCAAGCAGGUCCACCCCGACACCGGCAUCUCUUCCAAGGCGAUGGGCAUCAUGAACUCUUUCGUCAACGACAUCUUCGAGCGCAUCGCCGGUGAGUCGUCUCGUCUCGCGCACUACAACAAGCGCUCAACCAUCACGUCGAGAGAGAUCCAGACCGCCGUGCGUCUGCUGCUGCCCGGUGAACUCGCCAAACACGCCGUGUCCGAGGGCACCAAAGCCGUCACCAAGUACACCAGCUCCAAGUAA